GGGCCAUGACGUCAGCGGCGGGCGCGGGGCGGCCGGGCUCCGCAGUGCGGGCAGGAGGCCGCGGCGGCGGGCGGGGGGAGGUUGGGGCUACGUCUGCGCGGCCGCGCCAUGGUUCGCUUCGGGCUGACCGUCGUCCGGCAUGGAGAAACAAGAUUCAACAAAGACAAGAUACUGCAAGGUCAAGGAGUGGAUGAACCGCUCUCUGCAACUGGUUUCAGACAAGCGGAUGCUGCUGGUGUAUUUCUCAGUAAUGUGAAGUUUACUCAUGUCUUUUCAAGUGACCUCCUUCGAGCAAAGCAGACUGCUGCCACAAUUCUAGGAAAAAAUAAGUUUUGCAAAGAUUUGGAAAUCAAGUAUGAUGCAAGACUUCGAGAGAGAAAAUACGGAGUUGCAGAAGGAAGGCCUUUGACUGACCUCAAGGCUAUGGCAAAGGCUGCUGGAGAGCAGUGUCCUUCAUUCACACCUUCCGGAGGAGAAACACUGGAUGAAGUAAGAGAACGUGCAAGGGAUUUUUUUGAAUUUCUUUGUCAGCUAGCUGUUGGAUUGGAACAGAAAGAACAAGACAUGCAUGGUGCAGCAAGCAGCUCAGGAACAUCUGAAGAACAGUUAGUUUUCCCUUGGACAAAUCACUGUAGUGAAGCAGAACUUAGCUCUGAUAACAGUGGAGCUUCUAAAAUACUAGAUGCCAAUAUAUUAGUGGUGAGUCAUGGAGCCUACAUGAGGAACUGGAUUGGUUAUUUUGUUUCAGAUCUCAACUGUACUUUGCCAACAAAUUUAACAAAGUCUCAACUGUCUUCGGUCAGUCCCAAUACAGGAGUUAGUCACUUCAUUGUAAAACUUGAAAAUGGAAAUUUGUUAAAACCUGAAAUCACAUGUGUUUGUCUUAAUCAAGACUCUCACUUAGUGGAUGUGGGAGCUGAAUGUGUAGCUUCAAAAGUGUUUUAGGAGUCUUUAUAGGGGGAAGUGGUUUUAUAUCACCAUUAUACUAAGCUUGGGAAAGGUAUCUGUAGUAAUGACUGAGACUGAGUGGAGUUAUUGACACUAAACUGCAAAACUGAAGACAUGCAACUGCUCACCAUCUUAAAAGAAUUUGUGUGGUACUAGUGCCCGAUAAAAAUUGGCACUAGAAAAAUAACACAAAUGUUCUUUAUAAACAGAAACAUAAUACUUCCAGUCACCUUCAUAUGUGCUCUUACAGUGCAUAGUUUUAAAAACUUAUUUUUGUUAGCCGAUAUAUUUUUUUGUUAUCUCCCAGUAAAAGAGUUGAGGAGGGGAGAGGAAUGGUACGUCAAAGAUGAGCUAUACUGUAUUCUUGUUUUAUUGCAAAAUGCUAUAUUGUAAUAUUAAACAUAUGUGUUGUCUUAAAAUAACUUUUUUGAAUGCAAUAGUAUAACUUAAAAAAGAGCAUUGCCUAGUGAAAAGGUUCAGUACAGAGCCAGGGGGUGUGUUCCAGGCUCUGAUACUAAAUAGCUGUGAGACUCUGAGAAAAUCUCUUCUCCAUUUGUAAAGUGGGGAUGAUGAUAUACCUACCUCGCAGGAGUGUUUUGUAAGAAAUUGUUAGUGUUGCUGAGACCUCUGUUGAAGAGCACUGUACACAAAGUAUUUAUUUUUAACUAUAACCAGGAACCUCAUGUGCACAUAGUUGAAAUAACAGUCUCUCUUCUGAAAAAGAACCUUAUCAAUACGGCAGCUUGGGCCCAACUAGAAUUCUGUUGUCAAUUGCAGUCAUACAUUUGAUGGAUGAAUAUUUUUGCCUAGAAUUAGGCAAGUUUGAUUGCUUGAUGAUUGCUAUAGUUGCUGUUGGUACUGCAUUCUUUCCCCACUGGGAUGUUUGUAGUGUUACUGUGUAAGCUUAUCUGACUUAUUUAUAAUAUCCACAUACUUUUUCUUCAUUUGCAUAUUUUAAGCCUGUUUAAAAAAAAAUUAAAGGCUUCUGAGUAGACCUCCA